UACAAAUAACAACUUGGGUCAGAUUUUAUUUGUGUGAUGAACGACGAGACGAAGUGUCACACGCCGUUUUGUCCUAAAGACUGCUCUGUAGUUCAUCAUGAUUUGAUCAAAGCCUUGUGCAUUGAGAGGAACCGCAGAGAAACCUCUAGCCGCUUUUCUUCCAAGUCCCACGUUUUGCUACGACAGUGCGUUCAUUCGUACGAACAAAAUGGUUGGGAUCGAAACAGCGCCGUGCCAGAUUCAUUACCAGAUCUAAGACACCCACUGCUAUAUUUAACCUGUGCAUUCGGGAAACAUCGAGUUCUAGAGACACUGGUGAAGCUAGAUUUUAACCCUGCUGUUGUUACUAAGGAUGGGGCAAACGGACUUCAUGCCUUGGUCGACCAUUUUUAUCGAGUGGGUAACAUGAAACAAUGUGGUGGGUUCAUGGCGAUUGAUAAGAGACUGGAAGUGUUUGAAAACGUGGUGAGUAUUCUCUGCUCCCGUGACCCUAAUAUCUUCUCUACCAGAGAGAACAUUCAAGGACGUACUCCCUUGCACAUGGCUGCCGAAAGUGUAGUCUGUACUAGUAGACAUGCCAGAGUGGAUGGAAGAUGCGAUCCCUUGAAAAGGACUAGAUACUUUCAACGCUGUUUGGAAGUCAUGCUGGGCCACAUUCUUGAACUUAGAAGUAACUCUCUGCUGACGGAUUCUCAAGUGAUGAAUACUAUUUCAAGUCAGGAUAACGAGGGCAACACUAUUUUACACAUCCUGGCAAAGAGUCGUACCCUUCCGGGCUGGGAAUCCAUUCAAUAUCUCCUGAAAAAUUUCGCAGAUAGCGAAUUCCCUCAGAAAAGGAAUAAGGACUCCAAAACGGCAUUCGACAUACUUUCACAGUUCAACGGAUUUAUGGCGAAGAGGUUGUUUCACCCCAAUGAUGUGGAGAUGAUGAUGGAACAAGAUGUCAAUGGCAGUUCCUCACCUACAAACUGUGAUCCUUUACUGAGCCUUGAAGCCUCAGGUCUCACCAGGAUUACAACAUCACCAUCCUUUACUAAUGACAUUACUGUCCAGGCUGUGUGGAGUAAGGCCCCUCAAGCAGCUGGAUCUCCAUCCAAAGGAAUGCAGAAAGUCACUCCAGUUAGGUCACUAGAGUCUGUUGUUCUUUCAUUACGCAAUACGGCAAAAUCUUCAGCCAGUCCAGCUGGAAAGAGUCACACAGGAAGCCCAAGUUCCCCUACCCAAAAUGAGCUCUCUGUGCUUUCACCAAAUCCCUUCUUGGUUAAUGAAAAGUCUAAAGAUCCUGUGGGCUUGGAAUUGGGGUCAGACUUUGGAGAGGAAAAUUCAUCAGGUUUUGUUGACAAUGAAACAAUUUCACCUGGAUCAGGUGAGGUGCCAUCCCAAAUAUCUGGAAAUGCUGUGGAGGACUUUCCAGCAAGACGUUUCUCUGGUGAUGAACCGUACCCUGUUUUCUUGCCAAAUUUUUCACAAUCUGAAGUGGAGUGCAGUGAAUCCGACAUAGAAAAACAGGGGGUUAGAGAUACAUUUUCCUCAUGUUGUCCACCUUCGUCACAUCAAACCAAUGUAGAACUGGAGAAUUCUGUUGGUAUGUCACCCUCAACUCCAGAUUCUUGGAUGCUAAGCAGUGAGAGGGAAGCCACUGCUUCUUCCAGCACAUCUUGUGUAGCAUCACUGGCUGGUUCUAGUCAGCAGUCACCACCACACAAACAUUUAGACUCUACUACAACAACUAAACAGAAUGGUCAAAUUACAGCUGAUAGUGCAGAAGACAAACGGCCAGUUGGAACUGCAUCUUCCUCAGGGGAUAGUGCCUUUUUUGACUUUCUCUUGACACAAGGAAGUGAUUUUAACCCAUCAAUGAAAUUGCAGAUUGUGGAAUUGAUUAAGGGCGAGUUUGGAAAAAAGAUGACAGGCUUUAAUAUGGAGAUCUUCAAGGUGGAAACUGAGAAGAAAAAUUUGGAGUCAGAAAUUAAGAACUCCAAACUGAAGUUGCAACAAAAAGAGGAAGAGAGACGCAGAUUGUUUGCAGAUAUUGAAAAACUUCAGAGGAACAUUGUGCAAGCAACAGAAAAACACAAAGUACUGACAGAGAAAUGCAUGAAACUGAAAGAAGACUCAGAAGUUGUAAAGCGAAAGAUUUCCUCCUGUGAAGAAGUAGAGAAGGAACUUUUUGGUACCCCUGCUAAGAUGCAAAAGUUUUUGGAUAGUAAAUAAUAGAUGGAUAAAUUUUGUCAUCAAAAACAAAGAAUACAGUGGAGAGGCAAACUUACUCUGUUAUCACAUCAGCUUCGCAAUUUAUUCUUCUUGGGGUGAGAGAGGAAAUCUUUAGAAUUUUUUCAUAGUAAUUGAUCAAUAUUGUCAAUGUAGCAGCUAUUUCUAUGGACACUGAUUCAAAAAAAAUGCUCAAUCAUGUUUUUCCUUUUGCAUUCCUCAGUAAAAAUCAACAUUGAGGUGUUAGAUUUCUUCUCAAAACAAAAAUUUAAGCAAGCUAGCCCAAUUUUCUGUUAGUUGUGAGAGGAGAUCUAAAGUGUUCACCAGGUUCAUUUAAAGUCUUUCCCUUGUUUUUACUCUGACAAAAAAAAAGCUUCUUGAGUUAGGAUUAGAUAAGUGUAUGGAUCAGCAAUUUCAAGUUAAACUCUCUCGGGUCAAGUGUAUUAUGUAUCAGCUAUUCCCCCUUGACUCUUGAUCUUGUAAUUGCAGAAGGGAGGACACCUUUUUUCCUUUUCUACUGUAACCAAAAUUAAUCUUGCCUUCAAAGUAUUUAAUGAUUUAAAUUACAAAGAGUAGCUUUAAUUCUAUGUUGAACUUUGGGCACCUAACAUUUUGAAGAUCAACAUGAUUCAUUUGUCUUAAUGCUUGUAAUAGUGAUGUUAUGGCUCAUAAGUUGAUAUUGACUAUUUAUGGUAUACUUUUGAUUAUAUUUGAAAAGAGUGAAGCUGAUCGUAAAUGAAUUAUCUUUAUUUGCUGUGUAACCCUUUAACCCCUAAGAGUGAUUAUCAUCUAAUUUCUCCUUACAAUAUCACCCUUAAAUCACACUUAAAGGUUAUGAGAAUUAAAGAAGUGAUCACCAACCAAGCAAGCUCUUGAUUGUUAGUCAAAUUCUCCUUGUCAGCACCUUAAGAAAUGUGUUAAGAACAGAAUGGAGAAUAUGCAUACUAACCUUAGGGUGUAAAGGGUUAACAUGGCUAACAUAUAUUUAUACAAAAAGCCUAUUUACAUCUACAGACAUAAUAUAUAAACGUUUGUAUAUUUUUAUUGUUACAGAUAUAAAUAACAUCAAACAAGAAGACAUUUUCCCAGUUUGUUAUUUGCACAGUUUGGGUUUAUACAGGAAGAGUAAAUUGCAAAACAGUGGCAAACA